AUGGCAGGGGUGCUUGAAAGUCUUUGCAAGUCGAUUGCACGUAUUGAAGAGUACACGCGGCAGGCAGAGUUUGUUGAUGCCACUUUGGAGCAGGUGAAGGUCCGUGCCGAAAGGUUAGAGAAGUUCUAUGAGCGGUUCAUCGAAGCGCAUCAAAAGCUGAUGGAGCGUGACUCCAAGAAGGCGAACACUUAUGAUCAUGUUGUAGCAGUAGUGGAAGCAAAUUAUUUUUCAGCACAAUCGGCACUUUCAACUAAAGUGAAUGCCUUAACUCCGAUUCUGGUGUCAGCGCCAAUAUUACAGCCACCAUUAGCAGUGCAGGUAAACCUGCCAUACCAACAACAUGACAUGAAAAAUACGUGGGGGGAUUUUGAUGGGACACUAACCAAAUGGUCGGGGUUUCGUGACCGAUUUAUGGCUGCAAUCCAUAACAAUGAGAAUGUGUCACCUGCAUUCAAGUUUUCGUACUUGAAAAAAUCAUUGGUUGGUAAAGCGGCUCGGACUUUGGGUGAAUGGCAACUUACCGAUGACAACUAUGUUGAAGCAUGGGCUAGGCUGAAGCAGUUAUACGACAGGAAAUAUCCUAUCUGUCGUGAGCAUUUGCGCCAACUGUUACGGCUGCCAACUAUUGAGGGUGCUCCUCGACCUAAUGAUCUGCAACGUAUGUCGAAUGUGACACAUGAGGUGCUGCGCCAGUUACGUGCCCAGGGGAUCCCAGUUGAAAGUUGGGAUAUGAUGGUUGUUCAUAUACUCCACGAACGUCUAGAUCCUGAGACUAGUAAGCAGUGGGAGCUCCAGCGACUCACGGAGACACCCACUGUCAAGCAAAUACUGGAGUUUUUAGACCGUCAGGCAGCAGCAUUGGCUAAUGUGGUGGAUGUGCAUCGGACGCGCACAUCCGAUGCCCGUAGUGUAUCAGGUAAUAGAAGAGAAUUAAGUAACAGCGGAAGAGGAAAUAGGAGCAAGGUUUUUAGCAGUGAUUCCGACAAGAAAGCGAGUCAGUGUAUAGCAUGCGAGCGCGACCAUGCACUUUGGUCAUGCGAUGAAUUCAAGGCACUCAGUCUUCGCGCACGAGAAGAGUUGAUCAGAAGGUACAAUCUUUGCCGGAACUGUUUCAAACGAGGUCAUGGUGCCGACAAUUGUUACCAAGGUGCGUGUGUCCGUUGCCCAGGUCAGAUGAAGCAUAAUAGUAUGUUGUGCCCCAUGAAGGAAGUUUCGAAGCAGGCGCUCGUGAUUAAAGAGUCCGGUCAUCGUCGUAGCAACGACAACAACAAAGUUGGCAGGGGUCCGGUUAAACGGCAACGAAAUGCUAAGGUUGAACAUGUUUGCACUGCACAGGGCGGACAUUCUGGGGAAGUUGACGACGUUGAGGAAGAGAUCAGGAAAGUUGACAAGCAAUUGAGUCUCUUGGAUAAGCAAGAGCAAUUGUUAAAGAAACGGAAAUUAAUGUUUGAGAAAGUAAAUAAUUGUAAUGACAACGAAGAAAAAGAAAUAAAUUUAUUCAAGAAUUACGGCAGAUCGUUUGACUUUAAUCUGGAUGUGAGACCCGCUCUGUUACCUACGGUGAUGGUUAGGUUGGAGGCGGAUGGUCAACACCUCGGCCCUGUUCGAGCAUUGCUAGAUUGUGGGGCGCAGCCGAAUUUGAUUGCAUCUAGCCUUUACAUUAAAUAUAAGUUUUCUGUCUUGCCAGCUAGCCGCAAGAUGGUUGGUAUUGAAGGGAAGUCUUUCGGUGUGAGUCAGCGCGCAGUCCUGAAGGUGAAGCCGUGGUUCAACGCCGGCAGCUAUGUUGAAGAAGAAUUUUGGGUAUUACCGAGAGAUAACAAUUGGGAGCCUGUACUACCAGAUGUCUUAGGCCGAGCAGAGUCUGUGACGGACUCAUCGUUGCCAUUAGCCGAUCCAGAGUAUUGGAAGCCCGGGAAAGUACAGGUAGUUCUGAACGUUAAGGUGUUUGCAAAGAUUCUUACUGCAGUACUGCCCAGCAAGCAUGAGGGGACGACACUGCUUGAAACUUGUUUCGGUGUGGUUGUCUGUGGUGCCCAAGGAGCACCGGUUUGUAAAGAGAUAGGCGCAGAAGUUUCAUAUAUACACUGUACUAGCGUUGAAGAGCUUGGAGAUUUGGUAAAGAGAUUCUGGAAGCUGGAUGAGAUCGGUAGUUGUCCCAUGCGAACGGAAGAAGAAGAGAAGGUUGAACAAUUAUUUUUAAACACGUAUUCAAGAGAUGGCACCGGAAGAUUUACAGUUUUAAUACCAUUAAAGACAGACAUCUGCGACAUCGGAAGCUCCAGGCUGGUUGCACUACGUCGUUUCCUGUCACUAGAAAAAAGAUUAAAUCAGGAUCCUGCGUUAAAAAAGCGGUAUGUCACCUUCAUGAGGGAGUACGAGCAGUUAGGGCAUAUGGAGCAAGUGUCUGGAGCAGCUGCAAUAGGUGGAAUGGUGUAUUACAUUCCUCAUCACUGCGUUACUAAGAAGUUCAGAGUUGUAUUUGAUGCUAGCUGCCGUACCGACAAAGGAGUUUCCCUUAACGAAGUGCAGAUGCUUGGUGAAAAACUACAACGAGACUUGGCAGAAAUAGUUAUGCGAUUCCGAAGGCACAAAGUUGCAGUCAUUGGGGACAUUAAAAUGAUGUUCCGACAAGUUCUAGUAAGCAGAGAUCAGUGGGACUUACAACGGAUUUUCUGGAGGGAAAGAGACUGUGAUCCUUUAAGAGAAUACUGGUUGAAAGUAGUUACUUACGGGAUGACUUCUUCAGCUUUUAAUGCAGUACGGGCGGUGGUACAGUGUGCACGAGAUGCUAGUAUGGAAUUUCCAGAGGCCUCUAAAAUCAUCGAAGGUGACCUUUAUAUGGAUGAUUGUAUAACUGGUGCGGGAAGUGAAAGUCAAGCGAUAAAGAUGGCGAAAGAAGUGCAGCAUGUACUAGCAGGCGGAGGCUUUGAAAUGAAGAAGUGGAAGUCGAACUCCAAGAGAUUGAUCAAAGAAAUGCUAUCAGAGAAUGAAGAGGAGAGUAUUUUCGUAGACGAAGAGAAGGCAUCAGUGCUAGGGCUGAAGUGGAAUAUAGCUCGAGACAUGUUUUCGUUUGUGGUAAAGACCCCAGAGAUUGAAGGAGUGGUUACUAAGAGGAAGAUUCUAGGUUGUGUGGCGCAACUUUACGAUCCAAACGGAUUUAUCUCUCCAGUUACAAUUCUGGGGAAGAUUAUCAUACAGGAUCUAUGGCGUAUCGGAGUAGAAUGGGAUGUACCAGUAUCCAAAGAGAUGGAAGACAGAUUCCGUAUAUACUGGGAAGAGAUAAAAUACCUUGAAGAGUUUACGUUAGAGAGAUGGAUUGGCACGGGUGGUGGUGGAAAGGUUGAAUUGCACGGGUUCUCAGAUGCGUCAACGGUGGCAUAUGGUGCGGCGAUUUAUGUACGUGUUGAGAACGACGGCAUGGAGGUAAAGAGCACACUACUAGUAUCUAAGUCACGUGUCGCACCGAUGAAAACUGUUUCGGUGCCAAGGCUAGAGUUAGCAGCUGCGGAGCUUCUGUCCCGUUUACUGGUCGAUGUAACGAGGGCGAUGGAACUUUCGGGGGUGAGUUACACGUUGUGGACGGACUCACAGGUAGUGCUUCACUGGAUUGGUAAAAUACCGCGAUGUUUGAAAACUUUUGUUGCGAACCGAGUUGCAUCUAUACAGACGAAUACUGAUGUUAAGAGGUGGAGAUAUAUUAAUACAAGGGACAAUCCAGCUGACAUGUUGAGCCGUGGUAUGAAGCCUUCAGAGAUUAUUCACAGUAAACUAUGGAUACAAGGCCCGCCGUGGUUAAAAUAUAAUUCUGAACGUUGGCCUGACUGUGUGUUUGUGCCAAACACGGUUGCGGAGGCUGAGAGUGAGUUUAAGACCUGCGUUGUAGCAGAAGUAGAUGAACCGCUGAUGAUAACGCGAAGGGCAACAAAGGAUAGAGUGUCCUUGAUAGAGUACGUUGACAAAUUGGAGAGAGCCGUGAACGUAGUGGCGUAUUUAUUGAAAUUCAUUUCGAAUAUAAAAACGCAUUCAGUACAUAAGAGGAAGAAGAGGGGAGAACAUAUAAGCAUGUCACCGACUACUGAGCAAAGAACAAAGGCCAUGUGGUUUCUACUGAAUCAGGAACAAAAGAAGUUUUACAAGAAAGAGAUUGGUUGUCUAGAAGCUGGUAAUAGUAUUCCUGAUAAAAGCAGGAUUGAAUCUCUCAAGCCAGAGCUGAAAGAUGGGUUGCUCAGAGUGCACGGCAGGUUGAAGAAUGCGAGUUUGGACGAGAAUAUGCGACAUCCAGUCAUAAUUCCUGAUGGGUCAAGGCUGGCAUGGUUCAUUAUGGACCAUGCACAUCGCGAGACGAAGCACGGUGGAGUGCAAGUUAUGAUGCAAUUCAUACGGCAAAAAUACUGGAUCCCACGACUGCGUGGCAUUUAUCAGGAAUUGUCUUAA